CUCCACAUCCUACAUCUGUUAUAAACAGGGAAGUCACAUCCAGAAUUUCUGAAAAAGAUUUCGACCCUAGUUCUUCCUCUGGGAAUGAUCUAGAAUCAAGCUCUGGCUCUGAAGAGGACCAGGAAUCUAGCUCUGAUUCAAGAGAUGACCUGGAAUCAAGUACUGAGUCUGAGGAUGACUUCAAGUCUGGUUCUGGUUCCAGAGAAGAGCUGAAACCAAGUUCUGACACUGAACCUAAUUUAAGAUCAAAAUUUCCUACUAAAGUUACCACUUCCUCAGAAAGAGCCACAGAAUCCCAUGUUAGAUCAUCAACGAUUCAUCUUCAUUCUAGUUACAUUUCAUGGCUUAAGUCUGGUUCUAGUUCCAGUUAUGGAAAUCUUCGUGAAACCCAAAUACCUUCAAGCUCAACUUUUCAAUCAACAAAAUCUCCCACAACAUAUAAGUUCCUUUCUGUUACAACUCCACAUCCUGCAUCUGUUAUAAACAGGGAAGUCACAUCCACAAUUUCUGAAAAAGAUUUAGACCAUAGUUCUUCCUCUGGGAAUGAUCUAGAAUCAAGCUCUGACACUGAGGAGGACCAGGAAUCUAGCUCUGAUUCAGGGGAUGACCUGGAAUCUAGUACUGAUUCUGAAGAUGACUUGAAGUCUAGUUCUGGUUCUAAGGAAGAGCUGAAAUCUAGUUCUGAUACUGAACCUAAUUUAAGAUCAAAAUUUCUCACUAAAGUUACCACUUCCUUAGAAAGAUCCACAGAAUCACAUGUUAGAUCAUUAAGUUAUGAAAAUCUUCAUGAAGCCAAAAUAUCUUCAAGUUCUACUUCUCACCCUAUAAAAUCUUCUACAAUGUAUAAAUUCCUUUCUGUUACAACCCCACAUCCUCCAUCUGUCAUAAACAGUGACAUCACAUCAACAGUACCCCCUAAAAUAUUCCCUAGUUCAACUCACACCCCUGUUACAAGUUCAUACUCCACACCAAUACAAAGUAGUUACAAACUUUUUAGUUUUUCUCCAAAAACAUUUCUAGAUUCUUCUUCUACCACUUUAGCAGCACCACGUCUUACUUCAGCUUUAAGUAGUUCUCUCCUGCAUAGUUCUGUUCUAAAUCACCGAACUUCUGGAGUCUCACCACAUAUUACUUUCACUCCAGAAGGUUCUUUAAACACAAACACUACACUUAACAUUGAUGAUUAUUCUGCUUCAGUCACCCAAAAUAUUGCAUCAUCUUCUUCAAGAUCCAAAGCUUAUACUGACUUGAGAUCUGCAUCUGGAGAUGAUAUGGACACAAAUUCAGCCUCUGGUAUGGAUAUGGAUUCUAAUUCUGCCUCUGGUGAGGAUAUGGAUUCCAGUUCUGCAUCUGGAGAAAAUCUACACUCCAACUAUGGUUCUGGAUAUUACCCAGAUACUCCUUCUCCAUCAGGUGGAUAUGCAGGUAUCUCUUCCCUGAAAGGUGAAAAACCAGGUUCCAAUUCGGUUUCAGAUAAUUCUAUUAAAUCUCCUGAAAGUAACCAAAAUUCCACAUUAAUUUCUCCUACAACUACUUCAGCAUCAAUAUCUGUACUCAAUAACUCUAUUCCUGCUCAUAGGAAUAAAUCAGGAUCGAGUUAUUCCGUAAUUCAUAAUCCAUACAGGAAACCUGACCCUAGAAAAUCCCCACCUAGUAGUUCAGCAUCUAGUUUAACGCUUGUUGAUGAUACAGAUUAUAGUUCUGCCUCUGGGGAUAAUCUCAACCCCAGCUCUUCUUCUGAUGAUGAUGAGGAUGACUUUGAUUCUAACUCUGCUUCUGGUGAUGAUCUUGACUCUAACUCUGCCUCUGGUAUUAAUCCAGAAGAUUAUAGACCAGGUAAUAACCAAAAGAUUUCACGUUCUGCCUUUGUUGAUGAAGUAAAGGAUUCAAAGCCUGAGAGAGAGGACAGGCAGAAAUCCAAACCGUUCCAUGCAAUCAAUUCUAAUAACAAUCUUGAAAAGUCUGUGAGCAACGAUGUUUAUAUUGACAUUUACCCUUACGCAAAAUCUAAGCCACAGACAAAGCAUAGAAAAUGGAAAAAGAAAGGUUGGAAAAAUUCAUUUCUAAAUACCCAACCAAUCACAAAAUACCAUUCUCAUGUAAAGUUAACUGUGCACUUUCAACCCACCAUUUUGAGAAAACAAUCAUCUGAUAGUGACAAAGGCAACAAUAUUCAGGAUUUGGUUCCUAGUGACAUGUAUGAUUACCAAGAUAUUGAAAACAUUCCACGAAGAUGAGUCCUAAAGUAUUGUAUGGCCAUGAUUUUAUAGUCUGUUCCCGUCUCCUCACUCUUCUCUAUUUAUAUCUAAGCUAAAGUAACAUCUUUUUAAUAGGACUAAAUUCUUAAGUGAUAAAACAUUUAUUUAUCAUAAAAUACUUGGCCAUUGUCCAUCUCUAAAUAUUAAAAGAAAAAAAUAGUCAAAAAAUGCAAAGAAAUAAGCAGUAAAUAUUACCAGAGGAAAAUUAAGAUGAACAUUCGUUAACUUGAGCAUUCAUUAACUUAAGCAUUCAUUAAGUUGAGCAUUCAUUUAGAUGAGCAUUCAUUAAGAUGAGCAUUCAUUAAGUUGAGCAUUCAUUAAGAUGAGCAUUCAUUAAAUUGAGCAUUCAUUAAGUUGAGCAUACUAUGUUAAUUAAUCUGGGAAUACAUUAAUUGAUUAUUGAACCAUGUUUCUUGUUCAUUGUUAAGUCUAUAAAAUUCAUAUUCUCUUUGGCACACACACACACACACACACACACACACACAGCAAUGCAUUCAUUGCUAUCCUCCUACCACAGUAGGAAUAGUUAGAGAUCUCAAGAGGAGGAGGAGGAGAGAAAUGCUGAUCUAUCACAAUCACAUAAAUGAUAUCAAUAAUAAAUCUCUGAGCAAAAACUGACAGGACACAGAUAAUGUAUCAAUAGCCAGCUGGAGGAGGUGUCUUCCUGGGGCUACAAGCUACAGUAGCAUCAACCCUUAAGGGUUAGUCACAUUUAGGUGGCAAAUAUACUUCACGAUAUAGAUAUCAUUUAUGUGAUAAAGUGGUCAGUUGAUAUUACUUAAUAUACGGAGAUGAUAAUUAACUUAAUCAAUAGACAUUUAAAAGAGAAACACACACACACACUUAUUUGCCCUGUCUGUCUCUCUGUCUGUCUUUCCCUCUCUCCCUCACUCAUACACACACUCUCCCUCUCUUUCUCACACUCUCUCUCUCUCUCUCUGACACACACACACACAUGCUAAUUCCUAUUGUCAUUCUCUAUCUCUCACUCUUUCAUGUUCAAGCACACACACACACCCUCUCUCUCUUUCUUCUCUCUUUCUCUCUCUCUCACUCUCUUUAUCUCUUUCUUCUUCUUCUCUCUUCCACUCUCUCUCUAUCCCUCUUUCUAUCUCUCUCUCUCUCGCACACACACUCAGACGUAUUUUAGGAUAAGUGACAUAUUGAUCAUGUUUGAUAAUAUUUGCAAUAAUCAGAAUCGCAUGUCAGAAUAAGUCUGACUAACAACUGAAGCUGGGAGCAACAAUUCAUUCGAAGUACAAAGACUUUGUAAAAGAAGUUACAUAAAUCCUCUUUUCUGAGUUCAUUAUUAAACUAAAAUCAAUGGAAUUCACAUUGAAUAUUCACAGCUCAGAAACCAAGUUGUAAAAAACAAAAGAAUCAAAGUUUUAGGGGGUUUUUAAGUUAAUCAACCCUCUUUCCUAUGCUAUGAUAUGUAUACAUACAUACAUACAUACAUAUAUAUAUACAUACACAUACAUAAAUAUAUUUAUAUAUAUAUACACAUACACAUAAAUAAAUAUAUAUAUGUAUAUACAUACACAUACGUAAAUAUAUGAUGAUGACAUAUAUAUAUACACACACAUA